UGUUACAAGUUAGUGAUGCGGUUUUGUUGUUUUGGCGCGUCUAGCCAUGAUAAAAAUUUCGGAAAACCGGUAGAUUUAUGACAUAUUCACUGGCAUUUUUCACUCUUCCAUGAAACCUCAUGGUUCCUUAAGAUUCAUUAGUAAACCUCUAUCAUCAGAAUGAAUGGAGAAGUGCCAAGUGUUCCCAUCACAACUCUUGCAGGAAUAACAAGUCUUACAGACUUGUUGACAGAGUUGCCCCUGCCCUCACCCCUUCCUAGUGCAAUCAACAGCAAAGGCCUUCUCUACACACCCCAAAUAGCAGAAGAAGCUCAGCGACUGCUAGGGAGGCAGGAUGAAAACCUAAUCCCUCAACUCCUUCAUGUCCUUAGCCAGACAGAUACAGAUCACAUAGAGCUGAAAGACAAGACAACCAGCAAUGAAGUAGAGGGUGAGGUGCCUGCACUUCUUCAAGCGAUUCUUGCCCGCAAUCCCAAUGUAUUUAAAUCAAGGGUGGAACAAAUAAGUGGGAGUGGAUCAGGACAGCACAGUUCGUAUUCUCCGCGAGGUGGACCCAGUAACUCUUCAUCCCCUGGUGCGAGUACUCCUCAUGGAAACCAGCACCAAUUCCAACAACCUGGCUCCGUGUCUGCACAAGGCUCUGCCCAAGCUGCACCUCUCAAUGGCUAUGCUGCUAACCAGUUCUCUCCAGCUCCAGCCAGUAGUCCUAUGUUCCCGGCCACCCCACCGACCCCCAACUCCCAGACGAGGUCGCAGAGGUCACCUUCAAGAGCUCCAGCCACAGCCACGCGAGAAGAUGAGAGGCAAGGAACGAACUCUGUCCACAAUAAUGAAGUCACAGACGUGAGGCAGCGCCCCAGCAGCAGAUCCCAGUCUUGCUCCUCAGAAACGAAUCACACGAAUUCCAACAACCAGCCAGAGACACCUGUUGAUACCCAAGGAGAGUCUUCGGCAGGCAUGCCCGAAUCUGAUAAUGCAGAUGCCGGAAGAACUCGCUGGUCGUCCAAGCGGAAGAAAAGGAAGGAUAAGAAAGAUAAAGAGAAGAGAGAAAAGGACAAGAAGGACAAAGAUGAAGUCAGUUACAACAUCAUUCAAUCCCCUACGCAUUCAGGGCUACCCAAGAUCACUCUGAAGAUUGCCCGAAAGCCUGUAACAUCGCCAAAAGCAAGCGAGAGUGAACCUUCCACCAGCGGGGAACAAUCCAAGCCUCCUAGCGUUGAGCCAUCAAAACCUACUAGCAUGGAACAACCUCUACCACAUUCUGAUAUCAAAACUGAAGUGCCUGACCAAAGAUUGCAACCAGAUGUACCAGUCAACGCGCAACACCAGCAACAGGAUGUGAUCCGUCAACAGCAUUCAAAGGAAUCAAGAACUGAACAAAGACUCAGUGAGCCAAACAGGACUCCAGGAAUGGCUCCAGCAAGCCAUCAGCAACAUGUAGAUAAUAAAAAUGAUAGCAAUGCUGGACCGCCAAGGAAGAGUGUUUUGAGACUAAGGAACGAUUCAAAUAGUGAUGUGCAAAGUAAACCGGAACUGGUGCAUAAAAAGGACAAGGUGUCAAGAACUCACAGUAACAAAGGUCAGGGGAUGCUGAUGUAGCCUAUGGCAGUUGAGAGUGCACACGACGGAGACAUGGAGGAACCAAUGGAUGCAGAGCCAUCAGAGCAUGCGCGUGCCAAAACGGCCCAACCUCGAGUCGUCCUCACCAAGCUCUUACCCUCGUCCAUGGAAGAUGAGCUCAUUCCAAUGAAGCUGGACGGCAGAGGGAAGAAACGGGGAAGGGGAUCGGUCAAUUACUGUGAGAUUUCCCCCAGCAACAGCCCGCGCCCCCGUCCCUCAACGGCCAAUAACCCUGACAAUGAAUGGGCCCCUCCAGCAGCCGCUCCUGUUGCUGUUGCAUCAAGCAGCAGGUCACCGUCCCAUUCCAGAGCCAAGGCACCUUCACCUGUUCCAGAAGCAGCCCCCACGGAAUUCGCUCCCAUCUUUAUUGAGAGGAACGAGGCAGAGGAGGCGGCAGCUGCAGCAGAGACAGAAGAAGAGCGACCUGCAAAACGGGUGAAGAAGGAAGAGAAGCCUAAAAAGAAAAAGGGCCAGACGGAUGCAGAGUAUGAGGAACUGAUGGACACACCCACGUUCAAGAGGUUCAAUGCUGCUCUUGAUGCUGUGUUUGAAAAUUCAGAAGACAUGGAAGUAACUGUUGACACUGGUGAUGAAGAAGACGAGGAGUAUGCCCCUGAUACACUUGUAUCCAAAGCAUUACUGGCUGAGCUGGUCAAUGAAGCAGCGAAGCUCAAGUCGCUGGAUGUCAUGAACCAGAUAAGAACUGAACGCUUAGUGAGGUUACUGAACAUCCUUGAAAGGAAUAUCAGAGAUGGUACAAAGCUCAAUCCAAAUGAUCAGGACGAGCAGAACCCUCGCGAGCAGCGCUUGUGGCGUGAAGUGACCAUGGAGCGGGUGACCCGGUCAGUUGAUUCCUCCCUCAUAGCCCUCUACAUCAUGACCUCUGAAGACAUGCCCAAGGAGGUCUUCAUUGAGGACGUCAUCGAUAGACUGUCUCAGCUGGCCAAGUUUCAACUCACCAACACCAUCUACCCGGAGUUUGACCCCGUCUACAGGGUGAACCCCAAGAAAGAAGUGAUAGCCACGCAUACAAAGCUGAAGAGAGCCAGGGCAGGCGAGGUGAAGGAGAAGUCUGUUCUUAUGGUGUACAACAAGCUGUGCACGCUUGUCGCAAAUCUUGCCGAGCUUCUAAACCUCCAGAUUCUCACCGAUUCUACGGUGCUACUGAUUUCUUCAAUGGGCACUGCACCUUUCUUUGUUGAGAAUGUUAGUGAACUUCAACUCAACUCUCUGAAGCUGAUCGCUGCUGUAUUCUCAAGGUACGAGAAACACAGACAACUCAUCCUGGAGGAUAUCUUUGCCUCUCUUGCCAGACUUCCAUCGAGUAAAAAGAACCUCAGAAACUUCAGACUGAACAACACAACCAACAUUCAGAUGGUGACUGCUCUUGUAUUACAACUCAUUCAAGGUGUAGUUGUGUUCGUAACCCCAGAUGGCGAUGGAAUGGAUCAGUAUGAUAAUGUUGAUGACGACGGUUCAAAGACGGACCAAGGUGUGCUAGUAGUCAAUGCCUAUGAGACAGCAGUGAGAACAGGGCAGAACUUUCUCUCAGUUUUCUUGAAAAAGUGUGUCAGCAAGGACGAGGAAGACUACAGGCCGCUCUUUGAGAACUUUGUUCAAGAUCUGCUUUCGGCAGUCAACAAGCCUGAAUGGCCAGCAUCAGAACUUCUACUCAGUCUACUCGGGAGAUUGCUGAUGCACCAGUUCAGUAAUCGUUCGAAUGAGAUGUCGAUGAGAGUGUCUUCCCUUGAGUAUCUUGGCCAGGUGGCGAGCAGACUGAGGAAAGAUGCCAUAUCAAGUGUGAUGGAUGAAGACAGGCUCAACACCAUCGUCAGAGAGAUGAGGGGAGGUAGAGAGUCUCCAGUUGGGGACGGGAAACCAUGUGACAAACUGGACUAUGUCAUGAACCUACAACAGGCUAUGGUAGACUACCUCAGCUACAACAGUCGCAAUGAUCCAGCAAUCUUGUUUUCAAGGCAAUUCUUUCUUGCCCAGUGGUACCGGGACACCAACGCCGAGGUGGAACAGACCAUGAAAGCACCUCAGUCCAAGAAGAAGAAGAAAGACAGCGACGAUGAGGAUAGCGAUGACGACGAAGACGACGACGACAGUGAUGAUGAGGAGGAAGAGGAGAAGGCUCGGGACAAUGACCUCAAGAAAGCCGAUAUCUUACGAGCAGCAGAGAAGAGGAAAAAGUUUCUUCUUUAUUCUAUCAAGGUCAAAAAACCUUCUGGUUCCAUUAGGAAAGGAAGGAACAUCAUCACGUACGAGAGUGCCGCCUUUGUAGUGAGGUACCUUGCGUCAAGAAGACCAUUCUCACAGAGUUUUGAUAUCUAUCUUACACAAAUCUUGAGGGUAUUGAAUGAAACAGCAGUCGCAGUCCGAACGAGAGCUAUGAAGUGCCUAUCACAAGUAGUAGCCGCAGAUCCAAAAAUACUGGCCAGGGCUGAUGUGCAGAAGACGGUUCAUUGUCGGUUUAUGGAUCAGUCAACCAGUGUGAGGGAAGCAGCAGUGGAGUUGGUAGGAAGGUUCGUGUUGAUGCAGCCUGAGCUUACAGAUCAGUACUAUGAAAUGCUCAUCGAAAGAAUAUUGGACACUGGAAUCAGCGUGCGAAAACGGGUGAUCAAGACUCUCAGGGAUAUUUGCAUUGAUCAACCUGAAUUCUCCAAGAUUCCAGAGAUCUGCGUCCGCAUCAUCAGGAGGGUCAACGAUGAGGAGGGUAUCAAGAAAUUGGUCAACGAGACGUUUCAGAAGAUGUGGUUCACCCCGAUGCCGAAUCAGAACAAGAACCUGCUGCUUCAGAGAGCUCUGAACAUCAUUGAAGUGGUAGCAGCAAGUAAAGAUACAGGCUAUGAUUGGCUAGAACAACUCCUUACAAAUCUCCUGAAAAGUGAGGUGGACGCCCACUACAAGCCAGUACAGAAGGCGUGUAUGCAGGUGACCGACUGCCUGGUGGAGCACGUGCUUCGGCUGGAGAGGGGCUCCGCCGAGGUUUCGGAGGAGGGCAAGGCCAACAGCAGGAGACUGGUCUCGUGUCUCCAGACCCUGUAUCUCUUCAGCAAGGUCAAGCCGACGCUGAUGGUGGCUCACGCAACCACUCUUCAACCCUACCUCAGUACAAAAGUGGCAACGGCACGUGAAACGAUGGUGAUCUCCAAUGUUGCCAAGAUCAUAGAGAUGGUUGUACCUCUGAUGGACCAUCCUAGUGAAGUGUUUCUGGCCAGCCUGGAAGAAGACAUGAUGAGGCUCAUCCUCAAACAUGGACAAAUGGUGCUUCAGAGUUGUGUGAGUUGUCUAGGGGCAAUAGUCAACAGGGUGACUCACAACUACAGACUAGUCAGAGACUGCUUUCAAAAGUACUUUACCAUUCUAGCCAAGAUGAAGACAGACCAUGACUCAACUUCGGACAGCCCUAUCAGCAAGAACAAGCCAGUCUUACUCAGGUCUCUCUUCACCGUCGGUCUCUUCUGCAAACACUUUGAUUUCGAUGCAGGGCUCAAGCACUCCAAAUCGUCACCCAAGAUACCGGUGAGGGACAGGGUGUUUGACGUCCUGCUCUACUUCUGCAACCGGGAGGAUGAAGACAUCAAGCUGAAGGCUCUGAGCGGCCUGGGGUUCCUGUGCAAUCGCCAUGCAGACUUCAUGCUGACCACUGAAGUCAAAGAUCUCUACUGGAAGAUCCUCACAGAUCCUGACAUAUCGGUCAAGCAAUUGUGCCUAGUGGUGAGAAAUCUUCACUUAUAUCUCGUAGAAGAGGAUGAGAGGAUGAGACAAGCAGAUGCAGAAUGGAAAGCACAUGCCAAAGAGGAAGACCUGAAGGAGAUGGGUGAUGUACAAUCUGGAAUGAGCAGCUCUGUAAUGCAGAUGUACCUGAAGCAAGUGAUGGAAUGCAUGCUACACAAGCAAUCCAUGGUCAGGAUGGCAUCGUUACAGGUCAUCGUUCUAACGCUAGGACAGGGUCUAGUUCAUCCUGUUCAGUGUGUACCUUACCUUGUUGCCAUGGGGAGUGACCCAGAGUCUGCCAUCAGAGUGAAAGCUGACCAGCAGUUGACACACAUAGACAGAAGAUAUCCAGGCUUCAUACAGAUGAAGGCCUUGGCAGGUCUGAAGAUGGCCUACAAACUCCAGGAGCUGCUCAACUCUGAGACAGAAGAGUACAUCCGUGGUAUGAGGGAGACGGACAACCAUCACUAUGCCCUCUGCAGUCAUCUCUAUUCAAUGAUCAGGUCCAACAGGUCACAUCGGAGAGCCAUUCUUCUCAGUCUACUCAGUCUCUUUGAUGAGCAUGUGAAAAGUGACCUGAAGCUGCUGGUGUUUGUGGCUGACAACCUGUCAUCUUUCCCAUACGCAGCACAAGAUGAACCUCUCUUCAUUAUGCAUCACAUAGAAAUCAUAGUCUCUGUAUCAGGAGCAAACUUACUACAGUCUUUCAAAGAUAGCUUUUCUCGCAACCAGCCAUCCAGACCGCCCUCAAGAUCAUCUCAGAAUUCAGAUUCAGCCAAACCAGCCAGUAGGGCGAUCUUUGAAGAUGAUGAUGAGGACGAUGCUGAAAACCUCAUCGAGCGAAUCCCAGAAGAACCCACCCAGCUACUGGAGUGCUGUGUAGCGUCUCAGGCCGUCAUCAUGCUACUGGUACUCAAGCAGCAUCUCAAAGACCUCUAUGGAUUCAGGGACAACACAAUACACAGAUACUCGCCGACGGAGGCAGCCAAGGUGUACGAGAAGGCCGUGAGUAGGAAGUCCUUGGUUCACUUCAACCCUGCCAGAGCCCUGGAUCUCCUCAGGACGGGCCAGCCUAAAGGACCUCUCAGUGAGCAAGAGAAGAGGGACAUCGUGGAGGAGUACUUAGAUUUCAAGCAGCUGAUGGAACUGAUGGACGACAGUGAGGAUGAAGAGGAGGAUGGAGCUAAACCAAAGGCUGGAUCAGGACCGGGUACUCCAGUCCGGAACCAGGCUGGUGAGGAUGGUGAGGUUAAGGAAGAAGUUAAAGAGGAAGGAACCAAUCACAAUGGUGCCGCCGGGGCUACACCAGCAGGAGGAGGAGGGCUCGUGUCGACGAGCCCAGCAGCAGCCAGGAAGACGCCUGAACCACCCCACAUCCCUCCCAGUAGGAUGAGGCAAGUGAGGAAACAUUCUGCAGAAGAUGACGAAUCCUCAGAGGAAAGCAUACCAUCACCAGUACCUGUUGCCAAGCCACGAGCGAGGUCACGAACACCAGCAAGAAGUAGAAGCCGGCAAGGAGGAGGAAGGGGAGGAGCGAGUGCAAAGAAAGCAAAGCCACAGAAGAAACGCAGGAGAAGAAUUGAAUCCAGUGACGAAGACGACGAUGACGAGGAGGAAGACUCUGGGGACCCAGACUGGUAAAUCAUCACAUCUUCAGGAGGAAGCUGAGUGAUGAGAUCGGUAACCUGCCCCAACUCUGGAUGUAGACGUAUUAUGUCCUGGAUUUAUGGACUUCAGAGGAAGUCGUAUUUCUAUUGAUGUCCCAUAUGCUUUCAACAAUGGUGUUUCAGUUCAUCUCUGAGGGUUCAACGUACUACAAUGUUAAGGAACAAAACUUUAUUCUUUCUCUCUCUCUCUCUCUCUUCCUCUCUCUCUCUCUCUCUCUCUCUCUUUUUUUCUCUAUCUCUCUAUUUCUCUCUCUCCCCCUCUCUCUCUCUCUCAUUACUCUCUGCUAUUGAAUUAUAUUUCGUAGCAGACAGUCAAUCGAAAUAUUCAAAUAUGAUAAGACAGAACUUUCUCACAUUUUUCUUUACUUACUUUAACUUGGUUUUGAAGAAAUAUUCAAAAUAUAUUGAAAACUUUGUAUUGCUGUGAUUAUCAUAAAGCAAAAACAACAAGGCCUAUCUUUACUGCUUUCCAUUUCAAGAAGAAUUAUAAAAAUGUAGGAUUUUUCUCCAACGUUCUUCAGAAAAUUGUUGGGAACAAAGAUUUUUCUGUCACAUGCGAUUAUCUUUUUGUGAUAUGAAGUGCAUAAUGAAGGCAGACAAGAAAUUUGUUCUAUCGGAAAUUAGAUACUUGCAUUGCUAAAAAAAUUGUCACCUUGAUUAGACUUCUAUAAAAAAUUUACAUAGCUUUUUUCUGUUAUGAUUUCAAAAUCCAUGGCUUUGUUUUGGCUGUAUCUGUUUAUAUGGAAGGAAGAUGAUUCAUUGUCCCUUUAUUUUUGAAAAAAUGCAUUAUUUUUUUGAGUAGAUUAAUGUUGCAGUUCGUCUUGGAAUCGAAGGAACUGACUGCAAAGAAUAAUUUGCGCUACAGUGUCUGACAUGGUCCAUAUUAUACUUACGGUCAGUCCAAGAAAGUAAAUGAUUAGCUGGUUUCAUUCAUUGCAGCACUCUUAAUACGUUGAAGAUGAAAUAUGUAACUCUUUAUCUCUAACUUUGUUUUGGAUAUUAUUUGUUGUAUUGCAUGAGAGUCUGUAUUGCUUGUGUUUUAUUUUACUUAGCCGUUAUUACAUGGUGCUUUCUGAUCAAUCCAAAACAUUCCCAAUUAGUGUGGACUUCAAGACCAAUCUCUGCAAGUUGAUGUUUCAUUCGGACACGUUUUGUGUCCCCCUAUUUUAAUCAAAUGAAAAGUAAUGCAUUCUUUUCGACUACUUCACGAAUAGUAUCGUUAUUUUAUUUGGCACAGACAAAAUCAAGAAAACACUGAAUACAAAGACAUCAGUAAAGGUUGAAGUGAGUCACUUGGAUGCUGGGAAAAGAUUUUUUAAAAGAUGAAGAGCACAUAAAACUUUGUUUCAACAUUUUCUCUUUGAAACAAUGAAUAUAUUUAUAAUUGAAUACAUGGGAGAAAAAAAAGGACAGUGGUAGUGUUCUGAAGAAAGAAAAAAACCUUAAUAUAUAAAGUUUCUACUUCACAUCUCAACUUUUGUGAUGGAAUGGGAGCCUUUCUUUGUCUCUGCCAAACAGUUUUCCCAGCUUCAGGAAUAAACAAUGGUAAUUCAAUUGUGGAAUUUAACAUAUGACCAAUAUUUGCAAUGUUACCUUUUAUUGCGUUUCUUGAAUUCGUUGUUUUCACAGUCUCAAAUAAGAAUAACAGACUAGGAACAGCCUUAAGAUUUAAAUGAUGGUCUCAUGAAUUUAUUUAUUAUGAAUGAUUUUGGAAAACAAACCAUAUUCAAUUUGCAAAAUAAUAUAUUUAUGAGAUUAUGAUGGACAUGAGUAAAAUUGAGAAAUCUUAUUCAAGUGUUAUCAUAUUUUUGUACAAGAAAGUAAUUUAUGAGAUUUACAGAUUUUGUCUAGGUGUCCGCUAAUGGUGAAAUUACCAAUACAAAUGCUGAAGACAAAUUUUAUGAUGCGUUUUCAUAUCGUGAUGGAAAAGGAAGGGGAAGACAUGUGUCUAAUCACUCUGAACUAGGCAAAGGUUUUGCGUACACAUUUGUGCUGUUUAUCUCAGUUAUGUCCAAAACCAAUAAAUCUCAAUGAAAAUUGGUUGGUUGUGAAAUUCACAGACAAUUUAUCCUCGUGGUUUGUAUUCAGGAAAGGGUAGUAGCUCAAGUCCCAGGGGCCGUAAUCAAUUCAGAAGGCAGAUUAAGCAAGUAUUUUACUUAGCAUUUGGCUUGGCUAAGUAAAAUGUCUUAAAUCUUAUUCAGAUUAUAUCUAAGCUUUUUACUUUUGCAAGCCGACUUUUAGGCAAAAUACUCACUGAUAAGCAUUGUGACAUGGUCGAUGAAAAAGUGAUUAAGUGUAUACAUUUGGUUCUUUAGAUUUGUAGAGUGCCAAAAGUUCACCUCAUCUCAUAAACCAUAAUUCUGUAGCUAAAUCCCAGUUACACCGCCAGAAUGACAACAAAAAGACCAGGUCAUAGAUUACUUGUAGGAUAUUCUUUAAGGUACAACGUCAUCAUAAGAACUGAAUAAAGAAAGGAUUUUUUUUGGCACCAGUGUCUUGUAAUAUUUGUUCAUUCAAAAAGAAAAUCAAAAUUAUCGAUAGGUUCCAAAGAUAUGUAGAGUUGCGCUGUAUGUUAAAUCAACAUGCAUUUUCUUGUAAAUUGAUUGUAUAAAGAAAAAAAACUGUAAAAAGGAGAGUUAAAAGUGUACAAAUUGGGAUUUAUUUAUAUCCUAUUUGUGAUCAAGUUAGAUAUAUGUGCUAUUGAUAGACAGUUGAUUUUUAUCAUCGGGCCAAGUGUGGGUAUUUAUUGGGAAAGCACAAUGAUUUUUUAAAAACUUGUUGAUUCGAUUACUCGUUCUGUAAAUAGCCAGGUUGUACAUAAAGACAAAGGUUUUUGUAGUACUUCCAAGUAAAUACUUUUGUUCCCUUUUUUUCACUGUCUGUAAUUAAACUUGUUCUAAAGAAGGUCAUUUUGUUGGUAGUUGGACUGAAAAGAAAGAUUCAGUUGAAAUGUUAUUAAAAGCAUGUUAUUUACGUGUUACUAAA